CCCCCACCCCCGACAUAUAUACACACACUGGCACACUGGUAUUCAACUCUACAUAUCUGCCAAGACUUGUGAGCAAUAAACAAACAUGGGACUAAGGGCACUCCCUUUGUCACCCUCACAGAAGGGCUUUCUUCCUCCCACUCCCACUGCACACAAACACUACUCUCAUCAGUGUUUCAAGAACCCAUCAAGAGUAGUAACCUGUGCGAAGAAAGAGAAUGGCGGCGCCGAGGAAUCAGAACCGAAGAUUAAACGGAAGCAAUCCCUGUUCUCGAGCGUGGCGGAAGCUCUGGAUUUCUCACAGGUCAGAUCAGCCAAGGACGCGGAGCUGCUCGAGGAAGCUCGGGAGGCCACCAGGUCCGGAGAGAGGAUGUCCCGCGAACAGUAUGGUGCUUUGAGGAGGAAGAUUGGGGGGACAUACAAGGAUUUCUUCAAAUCAUAUGUUGAUGUGGAUGGAGAGUAUGUGGAAGAGGGAUGGGUGGACAAGACUUGCAAAGUGUGCAAGAAAGACACCAAAGGAGAGGCAAGACAAGUAGACAAGCUUGGGCGAUACGUUCAUGUUGCCUGCUUGCAACAACAAACCUCCUCUUCCGGCAACUUCUUUACAAGGCUCUUCUCCCGCGGCUAAUUACUCGUUCAUCAAUGUCCUAAUAAAUAAUAUAUAUCAAUCACAUCAUACGUAUAUUGUCCUUUUUGCUGCCGUCUGUAUGCUUUUUGCAAUACAGGUUUUUUUUUAACAAUAAUUGAUGGCCACAAGUCAUCGUUCAAGGGUUAGAUAUACAUUCCUAUUAUAGGCUGAAAUCUAUUCUUAAUUCUAUAA